AGUUUUCUUUUUUCCGCUAUCUUGCGUCCCGCUUCAGUCUUCCUUCUGAUCGUUAUAAUAAGUAAUCCUAGCCCUUUAUACUUACUUGGGGCGAUUCGUAUGCCCAUGUCGAUAUCCGUAUCUUCGUGUAUUUCACUCUAAAAACAUCAUUCUGCAUUGCGUUAUCUCGUAGUCGCAUUUUUUCAGAAAACGAUUGACGCCCCCAGUCACUCAGAGCUUCAUAUUGAUAUCAGCUGCGCAGCAUACAUUGUCAUUGGCUUCAUCCGUAUUUCUUGGUUCGAAAAUAUCACAAUGACAACUACAACCCGUAGUCGAGUGUAUCCUGCAGCGGGGUUAUGGGGCAGACACCAGCUUGUACUUACAGCUCCAACUGCAGUCAUCUUUUCAGUUUUGUUUUCCGGAUCUAUCCUCAACGUGCAUGUCGCCGUGGCUCGCGCGGAUUGCAAUAGGCUCCGCAGAGAGUACCGAGAAGAGGAGAAGAAGAAGUACGCUUACGUACUGGAAGCUUUCACAGACGACAAGAAAACUGGACGCUUCCUGCAGGAGCACGAAAGCAGCACCUGGGAGAAAGUGCACAAAGCUACCGAUGACGCCCUUGCGGUUUUACUUAAGGAGAAACGUCGAGGGGAACACGAAGGAAAGCUCAACUCGCACAACCGGGCAGCAGCUGCGGACGGUGAAGAGCUUCGCAGCUUCGCGAUGGAUGAAGCCGAGGGCUUGCUGCAAGAAGUUUGGCAUGUUGUAGCGGCAUCUAACCACGCUGAUGGACAGCAAGUGCACCAGACCUCGCCUUCAAGCGCAACAGCGGCAACACGCCUUCAAGAGCGUGUUUCUCGGCUUCAAAAACAUUUGGCAGAAUCUUCGGAAACCGCUAAGAAAUCAAAUAAAGAUAUUUGAAACGCACCGAAACUGAAGAAGCCCUUGGAGUCUCUGUCUGCGCUGAGAACUUCGAUAGAGACGCGACACGUCUACGAGGCGGUGUGUAUGUGCUCCAGUAAGGAGUGCUAAAGCAAAACGAUCUGCAAGUGCCCGCACAACGCGGCGCACGGUGGGAAAAACGAUAACCACCAGAAUGUAAUAAAGGUGCAGAAGAAAUGGAUGGAAAUGGUUCACGAGCUGCAAAUGCCUUUGCGUUUUUUGGUGGAGAAUUACGUUGCUGCACCAGAGAGCUUGAAGCGGGCACGGAGCUUGCUCGCGCCUUUCACUAAGGCAGUGCAACAGCAAAGUGGAAAUGAGCAGAGCAGUAUUUCACUGCAGGAAGAUGGAGAUGAUGCUGAUAGCGAUCAGGACCUGCAGCCUCUCCUAGAGGAAGUGUUUGAGCCUGCAGAAAAACUUCCGCCAAGAUCGCUAGUUUUGAUUUACCGAGCAAGGAAUCUGGAAAAGUCCGGCAGCCAGGACUGGCAAAAACAGUUCGAAAGAAGAAUUACCAACGAAAUGUUGCAGCCAGAAAGAAGCUCCCGCUGCGAUCCGAUCCGAACCCCAAAAACCGAAAGAAAGCGUUGGGAGAAGUCGACAAACUGGAAAAUAACUUUGAGAGGGAGCUUGAUCAGGUUUGGCGGCAGCUGA